AUGAACCAACAAAAUAGUGACUUUCAUUCAAAAUCUAAUAACUUACCACCACGUUCUCAAACUCUUUCUAAAGCUUUGCGAAUACGAUCAUCACGACCUUCUAUACAAAGUCGAAUUGUACAUGGUACAUUAUCUAGCCGAUCACCAGCAUCAUCAAAUGUUGUUCGUCGACGACCAAAGUCAUCUUCACGUAAGUCAGCAAUGUCAAAUCGCCAAGAAAAACAUAUACAUUCCAGUAAACUUCCAUUUGAAACUGAUAAACCUCCAUUACCAAAGAAGACUUCAUCUGGAAGAAAAUCAGCAUUGGAGGUGUAUGAACUAUUUGAAAAACAAGCCGAUGCAACGUACAGAUGUACAUUAUGUACAGAUGAGCGAAAGAUAAUAAAACAAACUGGACGUGGAACAGCAAAUGUAAGAUCGCACUUGAUAAUUCACAAAUUGAAAAAUUUUGCUUUUGCAUCACAAGAAGGACAAAAAAUCUUGAAGAUUAAUAAAAAAUCGACAUUGCAAAUUUCGGCAACACGUAAACGUGAAAUUGACAAUGCUGUUCUCAACUGUAUAACUGAUGGUGGUUUACCCUUCAGUCUGUUCAAUCAUGAAGCAGUAAUAAAUCUUUUCGAUUUACUUGAACCGGGGUAUAAACCUCCAGAUCGUCGUACGAUAUCUUCACGUUUAUUAAAUCAGUACCAACAACAUAUUCUUGAUCUUAAAUCAUUAUUACCACACAUUGGACCAAUUGCAUUUGCAAGUGAUGUAUGGAAAGAUGUCUCUGGUCACCAUAUGAUAUCAUUAUCUUUGCAUACAUUCUCAGUCGAUUUUGAUUUUGUGUCAUUGCCAUUAUCCUUUCAUCGCUUCAAUGAACAAAAAUUGUCUUCAAAUAUACAAUUGUUUUUUGAGUAUGAAAAGGAACGUUUUGGAUUAGGUUCACGUAUUUUGACAGGAAUUACGACUGAUAAUGGUCCGGACAUAAAGCGAGCAGGGUCAUCAGGUGUACUUGGUCGAAGAUAUGCUUGUCUAGCUCAUUGUCUUAAUCUAGUGGUACACCAUGGAACAUGUGUAUGGAAUCUACCGAAUUUAAAAAGAUAUCCAUUUGAUUCAAUGUAUGAACCAAUAAUUACGUCUCUGAUUGAUGACGACGACGAUGAAAUCACCAAUGACAUAUUAUUUGAUCCAUUAAUGAUGUCAAUUGACGGUGUAGCAGACUCCGUUGGUAUUGCUGAUCAACAAUCAGCAGAGUACUUUAUUUGUGCCACGGAUGCCAAUGUUCCAAGUGAAAAACCAAUGAACCAUGAAGAUGUUUUUAAUUUGCUAAUUAAGAUCCAUCGUCUUAUACAUAAAGUGCGUAGCUUUGUCUCGAUGGUUCGUUCCAUUAACCCACUUCAACGUUUUAUCUAUGAACGCUUGGGUCCAAACAAAGGUGGUUUUAUACUUGACGUUAAAGUAGCAGCUUUUCUUGAUCCACUUUUUCAUUCCGAUUUAAUUCCAUAUGCUAACGAUUAUGAAACGACAAAGCAACUAAUCAUGGAAUUUAUGCAGCAAGUCGAUUUAGUAGCACAUGAUGCUUCAGCAGUAUCUCCAACUACUGAGUCAAGAAAUUCAUCAUCAACAACAAAUACAGCUCCGAUUAUGCUUUAUAAAGCCAAUUUUAUGAAUAUGACGAGGAGAAAAGCCUCACAACCUUUAUAUAUUCAACCGCUAAGUGUUGAUCUGGAAAUGGCAACAUUUUUGAUCUUAAUUCGUGACUAUGAAUCAACGGAUUUUCAAAUAUUUUGGAGAAAUCACACUCCUGUGUUGCCUCGCCUUAGUCAGGUUGUACGUUAG